GUGCCGCUCCUUUCGCCACACCAAGCGCAGCAGGACCACCACCACCACCAGCUCGCCACCACCUCACCAGAGCUCAGCUCAGCGAGCAGCGCGUCGUUGUGCUGUGCAUCAACAAGAGCAAGGCAAGGAAAUGGCGGCGUCGCUCAAGUUCACGGUCCGGAGGAAGCCGGCGGUGCUGGUGGCGCCGGCGGCGCCGACGCCGCGGGAGCUGAAGCGGCUCUCGGAUAUCGACGACCAGGACGGCCUGCGGUUCCACAUCCCCGUCAUCCAGUUCUACCGCCGGAGCGCGCUGGCGGGGGCGCGGGACCCGGCCCCGGUGAUCCGGGCCGCCGUCGCCGGGGCGCUCGUGCACUACUACCCGUUCGCCGGGAGGCUCCGGGAGCUCGAGGGGCGCAAGCUCGCCGUGGAGUGCACCGGGGAGGGCGUGCUGUUCAUCGAGGCCGACGCGGACGUCCGGCUCGAGCACUUCGGGGACGCGCUGCAGCCGCCGUUCCCGUGCCUCGACGAGCUCAUCUUCGACGUCCCCGGCUCGUCCGAGGUGCUUGGGUCACCGCUCCUCCUCUUCCAGGUGACGCGGCUGGCGUGCGGGGGCUUCAUCCUGGGCGUGCGGCUCCACCACACGAUGGCGGACGCGCAGGGCCUUGUGCAGUUCCUGGGCGCCGUGGCGGAGCUGGCGCGGGGCGCGGCGACGCCGACGGUGCGCCCGGUGUGGGGGCGCGAGCUGCUGGAGGCGCGCGACCCGCCGCGCCCGGCGUUCGCGCACCGCGAGUACGACGUGGUGCCGGACACCAAGGGCACCAUCAUCCCGCUGGAUGACAUGGUGCACCGCUCCUUCUUCUUCGGGCGGCAGGAGGUGGCGGCCGUCCGCGCCCACCUCCCGCCGCACCUCCGCUCGCGGGCCUCCACGUUCGACCUCCUGACGGGGCUCCUGUGGAAGUGCCGCACCGCCGCGCUGGCCCCGGACGCCGACGAGGAGAUGCGGAUGAUCUGCAUCGUGAACGCCCGCGGCGGCAAGUCCGGCGCCGCCAUCCCGGAGGGCUACUACGGGAACGCGUUCGCGUUCCCGGUGGCCGUCGCCACGGCGGGGGACCUCGCCGCGAGGCCGCUGGGGUACGCCGUGGAGCUGGUGAAGCGGGCCAAGGGCGAGGUGGACGUGGAGUACAUGCGGUCGGUGGCGGACCUGAUGGUGCUGCGCGGGCGGCCGCACUUCACGGUGGUGCGCGCGUACCUGGCGUCCGACGUGACCAAGGCCGGGUUCGGCGACCUGGACUUCGGGUGGGGGCGGCCGGUGUACGGCGGCCCCGCCAAGGGCGGCGUGGGCGCCAUCCCCGGGGUGGCCAGCUUCCUGAUCCCGUUCAGGAACGCCAAGGGCGAGGACGGCAUCGUCGUGCCCAUGUGCCUGCCCGGUCCCGCCAUGGACACGUUCGUGCGGGAGCUGGGCAAGCUGCUGAGCCCGCCCACGGAGCAGCAGCAGCAGCAGCAGGACGCCUACCCCGCCAUCAGGUCCGCGCUGUGACUGUGAGCCGUGUCAGUCGCUGUCGGUUCUCGGUUCGUGCUACACAUUGUUGCGUCGCGCGCGCGGGUGGGUAGUGGUGGGUGGACGAAGUUGAUGUGCAACUGUGCGUGGGGUUACGGUGAUCUGUAUGUACACUAUACGUGUCGUCCAGCAAACAGGGAAGGGCUCCCCGGCCGAAGUGCGUGCGCGAUGCAGCACUGCGGCCGGGGCCGGCAAUGGGUGUUGUCUCUCGUGUGUUGUUGUGUACUGUAGCAUGUAGAUUUGUAUACAUCGAUCAAACAACUUCGUAAGUUUUGAGAAUAAGUACGCCGUAUCCGUA